CCCUUUUUUGACGUCGGUCAAACAAGUGCCCUCUGACGUGGAACUGAAAUAAAUCAGGGAAUAAUUCAUCACACGUUUAGAAAACAGCAACCAAGUCUUCGCAUAACAUUUAAUAUGCAUAUGUUAAGAAGAGACAAGAAAGAAGAAGAGGAUGGUGGAGGCAAUCCAUUCCAUAACCUUGACAAGACUACAGUUUUACAGGAGGCAAGGACGUUCAAUGAGACACCUAUAAACCCAAGGAAAUGUGGAACAAUCCUGACCAAGGUUCUGUACAUGAUCAACCAGGGAGAUCAGACCAUUGGUAGUACCGAGGCAACAGAAGCUUUCUUUGCCAUGACCAAACUGUUCCAGUCGAAAGAUCCCACAUUGAGACGUUUGAUGUACAUGGGAAUCAAGGACAUGUCUAAAAUUGCUAAUGACGUCAUCAUAGUAACAAGCAGUUUGAUGAAGGAUAUGACAGGCAAAGAUGAUCAGUUCCGUGGACCAGCCAUAAGGGCUUUGUGCUCUAUAACAGAUACGACCAUGUUACAGAGCAUUGAGAGGUACAUGAAGCAGGCCAUCGUGGAUAAAAACCAUGCUGUUUCCAGUGCUGCUCUUGUUUCAUCACUGCACUUGAGCAAAGGGAGUCAGGAUGUGACAAAACGUUGGGUGAAUGAGGCACAGGAGGCAGUAUCCAGUGAUAAUGUCAUGGUUCAGUACCAUGCAUUGGGAUUGUUGUACCACAUCAGGAAGCAUGAUAAACUUGCAGUCACUAAACUUGUCAGCAAGUUCAGCAAGCAUUCACUCAAGUCACCAUAUGCUUACUGUCUACUUAUCCGUAUAGCGUGCAAGUUGUAUGUGGAUGAAGAUGCUGGUAAUAGCUCACAGAUGUUUGACUUCAUUGAGAGUUGCUUGAGACACAAGAGUGAGAUUGUGAUAUAUGAGGCAGCACACGCCAUGGUUAACAUGAAAGGGAUUACAGCCAAGGAGCUGGCACCUGCUGUGUCUGUUCUACAGUUGUUCUGUAGCUCACCAAAACCAACACUGAGGUUUGCUGCUGUGAGAACUCUGAACAGGGUUGCAAUGAAACACCCUGCAGCAGUGACAGCAUGUAACCUUGACCUUGAAAAUCUGAUCACCGAUAGUAACCGUAGCAUAGCAACCCUGGCAAUCACCACACUUCUCAAGACUGGAAGUGAAAGCAGCGUGGACAGACUGAUGAAGCAGAUCUCAACAUUUAUGUCGGAAAUCUCUGACGAGUUCAAGAUUGUGGUUGUGCAGGCCAUCCAGUCUCUCUGUCUAAAAUACCCACGUAAACAUGGUGUCAUGAUGAACUUCCUGUCCUCAAUGCUGCGUGAUGAAGGAGGUUUUGAAUACAAGAAGGCGAUUGUUGACAGCAUCAUAACAAUCAUUGAGGACAAUUCAGACGCAAAGGAAGCUGGACUCGCUCACCUGUGCGAAUUUAUUGAAGAUUGUGAACAUACUGUCCUUGCUACGAGAAUCCUCCAUCUGCUCGGAAGAGAGGGACCAAGGACGCCAACACCAUCUAAAUAUAUAAGAUUCAUCUACAACCGUGUGAUCCUCGAGAAUGCUGCAGUGAGGGCAGCAGCUGUUACAGCUAUGGCAAAGUUUGGUGCUCACUGUGAUGAGUUACUAGAUAGCUGUGUAGUGUUGCUGGAGAGGUGUGAACUGGACUCGGAUGACGAGGUCAGGGAUCGGGCAACCUUCUAUGUUAGAGUCCUCAAAGAGAGGCAGAAGGCCCUGAACUCUGCAUAUAUUCUUAAUGGUCUGCAGGUCUCUGUAGUUGGUCUGGAAAGAGCUUUGCACCAGUACACCCUCGAGCCAUCUGAGAAGCCGUUUGAUAUGAAGACUGUACCAUUGGCCACUCAACCAAUCACUGACAAUAGACCUCUACCAGGUAAGGAUGCAGGAGAGACAGUUUCUGCCAAAACCUCGGAAAAAGUGGCCUCUUCCAGACAGGAUGUGUAUGCAGAGCAACUUGCUGCUAUACCAGAAUUUGCAAACCUUGGACCGCUUUUCAAGUCGUCGAGCCUGCCAGUAGAGCUGACAGAGUCCGAGACGGAGUAUGUGGUACGCUGUGUGAAACAUACCUACUCCAGAUACAUUGUGUUCCAGUUUGACUGUACAAACACGUUGAAUGAUCAAGUGCUGGGGAAAGCCACUGUGAGCAUGGAACCUGGGGAUGGAUUUGAAGUAAUCAAGUACAUACCAUGUGCUAGUCUGCCGUAUGAUACUCCGGGUACUACAUACACACUGGUCAGACUGCCAGAAGAUCCUACAAUGGUGACUGGAACAUUCAGCUGCACAUUGAAGUUUGUUGUAAAGGAUUGUGAUCCAAACACAGGAGAGGCAGAUGAGGAAGGUUAUGAUGAUGAAUAUGUGUUGGAAGAUGUUGAGGUUGCUGUUGGUGAUCAUGUACAGAAAGUGAUGAAACCAAACUUUGGUGCAUCCUGGGAGGAAGUUGGUCCAGAUAAUGAAAUGGAGGAUACAUACGCCCUGUCUACAAUGAAAACUUUAGAUGAUGCUGUCAAAAAUAUUAUACAAUACCUGGGUCUACAGCCAUGUGAGAGGUCAGAUAAAGUUCCAGAGGGGAAGAGCUCUCACACACUGUAUCUGGCCGGAGUGUUCAGGGGCGGCCAUGAUGCACUUGUGCGGGCUAAGCUAGCAAUGGCAGAUUCCGGCGUGACCAUGCAGCUCACUGUCCGCUCUACAGAUCCAAAUGUAUCAGAAGUUCUUGUAACCGCUAUUGGUUAAAGAGACAUUUUACACUUUUAAUAGUUAAAUUUCACAGGCUAGAUUUCUACUGCUUCCUGUUUGUGUAUAUGUGACAUUGACUCUACAUUUUUUUUUAAAGUUAUAUAUUGUAUCGGAUAAACAUGUUUUGUAAUUUGCAAAAGUAUUAUAUCUGCUUGUGUUUAUAAUUAUUCUGAGGGAUAUUUACUGUGAAAAUGAAUUGUUAAAAUAUUCAGAAGUACAUGUACAAUUUUUAUGAGAAAAAUUUCUGUUAAUAAUGCAUUCUGUUUCAGUAUCAGCAGUAUGUAAAGAGUAAUUACUGUUUUGACUUUUUGCAUAAAUUAAAUGUUAUAGGCAUGUGCACUUUUAAAAUAUUUCGUAUAUAAAACCUGGAAAGUAAAUGCUGAGAAGGUGCAAAAAAGAAAUAUUUGAAAUGAAAUAAUUGAAAUCUUUACAAACUUGCUAUCAUAAAUAAAAUAUAUUACAAAAAGA